AUGGACUGCUGCCUGCCUGUGGCUGACGAGCCCACCUCCCCAAAAAAAGCAAAGAGCACCCCUGACCGCCGUGACUUGGAGAGCUGGUUCCCACCCCCUUCCCCGGAGUGGGCCAUCGUGAGGGUCAUCCCUGAGGAGGAGAUGACUGAGCACAACCUUCUCGCUAUCAGAGUCAUGGUCACCAGUGAUGCAAGCAGCUCUGAGGUGGAGUCUGAUUUUAAUGGUGACUCCUCGAAUUCAGAGGUGAGUGAAGGACAGACCUUGCUACUUGAACCCCCAGCCUGCUUGAGCCCCAUCCAGAGGCAUUCAUCGCUUGUCAGGAGCCCUGUGGAGCCAGAGGAAAAACCCAAAACAUCCAAAGUUGCUGAUGCACUGCAGAGAGCCAACAGUUUUCACUCCACAGCAUUGAACAAGUAUCAGAAUUGGAGGAGAAAACUCCAGACGAGUUUCCCUCUACUGUCCGGCAAGAAAGUGGGGCUGCACUGGAAGGACAGCUCAGCCAGCUGUCAAAGUGGUCCUGGAGAGGAUCACUCCCAAACACAGAACUGCACCAGAGGCUCUCCACAAACCCCUCCUGGGAAUGGGACACCAGCUGAUGAUUUUUCUGAGCCUGAAGAUGUAAGUGGUGACAUAUACACAGCCCAGGGCUGGAAGGAAAAAAAUAAGAAAUAUACCUCUGGACCAGAAAAUUUUAACAGGAAGACAAAAGUACUGUCACCUUUGGAUUUGAAAGAAAAAUAUGACAAAAAUAGAAGGCAACCAGAAGAAAAGCUUGAGCAAGAAUUAAAGGAAGCAAAAAAGAGGCUGAUGCAUUGUACUCAACAGCAGCCUUUGUCAUAUGAUUCAAAUGGGAUGGACUUAGGUGGAACCAGUCCAGGAAUAAGGCGUAAUGGAGACAAAAGAGUAAUACAGACUUCAAACAAAGGAGUAAUAGAGACUUCAGAGGAGAAGAAUACUGACUGUAGAAAGGAUGUGUUCAAAAUACCUCGUUGUCCUGUCCCACUGUCAUUUGCAGGUGAUGCUCCACCAACUUUGCCAGUUGACAGAAAAGAUGCUCUGAGGAGUCCAGAUGCAGUUGCCAGGGAGCAUGUGGCUGGCCAGCCAAAAUCCCCACUAAGGCUCAUAGCCAAUGUGAUCAAGAGAUCCAUUUUGGAGCCUCUAACCUCAUCUCCAGAAGGACUAAAGCAAGACUCAGACAGCAAAGUCAAAGACUCUUCAGAACAACCUUUCUUCAGCUUCCCCAGUACUCCUGGCUAUUCCCUAGGCCAAAGAAACAGUAACAAUAACAGAGCAAGGAACACUCAGCCACAGGUGUUUAAAGUAGGGGAGGGGGCAGGAGAAUGUUUAGGAAAUGGAAGCCCUGUCUCAAAUCCAUCUCAUUUUUCUGUAUGCUCUGAAGACAGAUCCCCAAGGAAUUACAGUGAGGAGGUAUCCUACCCAGUCUACAGUCCUCACACCAGGUCUUCCAAGAUAACCAAUACACCUCAUAAAUCAUCUUGUAGUAGGAUGGAGGAUGUCCCAGGACUCCUUGAAAAGUUUACCUUUGAAGAGACUCCUCCAGAGGCUCCCACAGAUGGCAUAUAUAUCUGUAACAAAAAGUGCCUCCUUUCAUCACCGGGACCCAAGAACACCUCCAGGGACAAUCUGGAUGACUCUGCACAGAGGGGUAGUCUUGGGUCACUCUUUGGUAGACUGAGAAGUAAAGUCUGUGACCGAGAAGGGAAUUCCUUCAUGUCAUCUCUGCCUUUCAUGAAGGACCAUUUUCCAGAAGACAGACCACAGUAUUCUUCCACAGGAUGUGAACACGUACCUGUCAGAAAAACUACUGAGUAUUAUACUUCUUCCUCUGACGAUGAUUUUGAAUCCAAGCCUUCAUUAACACACAAGGCAAAAAGGACUCUCAGGAGGAGACGGAAGCUAGAGAAGGAGACAAAGCAACUGAUUAAACAAGAAGAGCUGAAGAGGCUUCACAAAGCACAGGCAGUUCAGCGCCAGCUAGAAGAAUUAGAGGAAAGACAAAGAGCUCUGGAGAUUUUUGGUGUCAAACUGGAGAGAGAGCUAAGAGGAGAAUCAAAUUCAGGCACAAAGGAUGAAACUCAGAUGCUGCAUGAAUGGUUUGAGCUGGUCCUGGAGAAGAACAAAUUAAUGCGUUAUGAGUCUGAGCUUCUGAUUAUAGCCCAAGAACUAGAAUUGGAGGACCACCAAAGCAGGUUGGAACAGAAGCUGAGAGAGAAAAUGGCCAUUGAUGACAGCCUUAAAGAUGAGAUGGAUCUGAAUGAGGAGGAUGAAAUUUUUGCUGAGAUGAUGAAAGUGGUUGAGCGAAGGGACAAACUUGUGUCUACCUUAGAAGAGCAGAGAGUGAAAGAAAAAGCAGAAGACCAGCACUUUGAAAGCCUUAUAUCAUCUAGAGGCUAUCAGCUGAGCAGGAUUUAA